UGAUUAACGUGUUCGGUCGACGAACCUGAAGGGCUGAAACCCCACACUUUUUCGCACUCGCAGGUCUCUCCUUUCUCCUCUGUUCGAACAUAAUCCUCACAGAGAAAAGAAAAUGGAGAAGGGCAAGAGGGAGGUGGUGGUCUCAGCUCUGCAGUUCGCUUGCACCGACGACGUCGCCACCAACGUCGCCACCGCCGAAAGGUUGGUUAGAGCUGCCCAUGCGAAGGGUGCAAACAUCAUUCUUAUACAGGAACUUUUGAGGGACAUUACUUCUGUCAGGCACAAAGGGAGGACUUCUUUCAGCGAGCAAAGCCUUACAAGGAUCAUCCAACCAUUCUUAGGAUGCAAAUACUUGCAAAAGAGUUGGGUGUGGUAAUACCAGUUAGCUUUUUCGAAGAGGCAAAUAAUGCUCAUUACAAUUCAGUUGCCAUUAUAGAUGCUGAUGGGGCAGAUCUUGGACUUUAUAGGAAGUCCCACAUCCCAGACGGACCUGGCUACCAGGAAAAGUUCUACUUCAAUCCAGGUGACACUGGAUUCAAGGUUUUCAAGACCAAGUUCGCAACCAUUGGAGUUGCAAUUUGCUGGGAUCAGUGGUUCCCUGAGGCUGCCCGGUGUUUGGUUCUUCAAGGUGCAGAGAUAUUGUUCUACCCAACUGCUAUUGGUUCCGAACCUCAAGAUGGAGGACUUGAUUCUCGGGAUCACUGGAGGCGAGUGAUGCAAGGGCAUGCUGGGGCUAAUGUGGUCCCUGUAGUAACUUCAAAUCGUAUAGGAAAGGAGAUAAUCGAGACCGAGCACGGAAAGAGUGAGAUCACUUUCUAUGGUAACUCUUUCAUAGCAGGACCCACUGGAGAAAUUGUUGCAACUGCUAAUGAUAAGGAGGAAGCUGUACUAGUAGCACAAUUUGACCUAGACAAAAUCAAAUGGAAGAGACAUAGCUGGGGAGUAUUCCGUGAUCGCCGCCCAGAUUUAUACAAGGUGCUACUGACAUCAGAUGGCAGCAAUUCCCCGUUGUGAUGAUUUGUUUUGAUACCAUGCUUGUUCUAGAAUUAAUAAAGGAAGUACUUCCUAAGUACAGUGCGGCUACGGUGAUUUCAUGGAGGAUUCACGAUUUACUUUGGAGGAAGUAUUAUUGGCAGGUGGAGUAUGUAUCUCUGCUUGGGCAAAUUUGGAUUUAAUGAAAAAUGGAUUUAGUGGAUUAUGCAUUGUGUUUCCUAUGUUCA